AAAAGUUCGAUGAUCGAAGGGCAUGACGAUCCAGACCGCGUCGCGACGUUGCUCUCGAGCGUUGGCAUGCUCGAUGCCGAGAUGGAAUGAAAUGAGCCCAAGUUUGCAAUGGCGCACAAUUUGCAGCAACUGUGUGCGUCGCCUUUGAAGACUGUGGGCUGUCGUCGUCCGGCACCGGCAAGACUAGGAAGCUCACGUUCAUCGCCCGCAGCUGACAGAGUGUUCUGUGCUGUGGAAUUCAGGCAUCGUUCUUGUGCUCGUGGAUUGAGAAGUUCUAGUGCGAAUUUGGGUGAUUCUCUUUGCGGUGGAUCGGUCGUUGGUCUGGGCUUUGAUCCCCCUGGUUCCAGAGCAGGAUUCCGUAGUGGAGAGCAGAUUGUGACGUCCGCGAAGAUGUCUGAAGCAUCAAUCGUUCCUCCUCCAGGGAUCGCCAAGAACGUGACUAUCAUUAAUCAAGACGGGGAAAAGUUAGUGGGAGUUAUUGACGACACGGGUUCCAAAGAGCUCUGUGUACUCUGCCAUGGCUUUCGCUCCUCCAAGAAGAGCACUACCUUAGGUGUGGUUGCAUCGACACUCGUGACUGCUGGCUUCAGCUCCUUUCGAUUUGAUUUUUCUGGAAAUGGAGAAAGUGAAGGAGAGUUUGCUUAUGGAAACUACUGGAAGGAGGUGGAAGAUUUACGAGCAGUAAUCGAAUAUUGGAGGAGUCAAGGGCGAGAAAUAACUGCCAUCAUUGGUCACAGCAAAGGUGGCAAUGUUGUUUUACUCUAUGCGUCAAAAUACGGAGACGUGAGUACUGUCGUCAAUGUGAGCGGACGCUUUGAUUUGAAUAUCGGACAAUUAGAGCGUUUUGGAGAGGCCGGGAUGAAAACGCUGGAGCAAGAAGGUUUCUUGGAUGUGAAAGACAAAGCAGGGAAUGUGGAGUACCGUGUGACGCUCAAAAGCCUGGAGGAUCGUCUAUCGACAGACAUGGAUGGAGCUUCCAAGGCCAUCUCUAAAGACUGCAGAGUCCUUACUGUCCAUGGUUCUCAAGAUGAAAUCGUGAAAAUUGAAAAUGCUCAUGAUUUUGCAAAACGAAUACCAAAUCACACACUCAGAGUCUUUGACGGAGCGGGUCAUAACUAUGAAGGCGAUCGGAAGAAAUUAGCAGAUUUGGUUCUGGAGUUCAUACAAGGUAAUGUUUCCAAAAUGUGAGCAUAUAUCCUUGUGCAUAGAAUAAGCAUUAUUUAACAACGGUGAUACUUUGCCGGAGAUGGUUGUAAUUUCAGAUCUUCUGUUGAAGACAAAUACUAUCGAAGUAUCUAAUUUAUGUACUCCUUUUUCGUCAUUGAUCAAUCAAACAAGACUUUUUGUUUCAACCA